CAACUUGAUAGCGGACCUGCCCAUGGUGUCAUAAAUAACCCACUUUACAUUUUAAACAAAAAGAGAAUAAAAGUAACGGCGCUGCUUAUCAAUAAGCCAUGAUUCGUUUGCACGCCACAGGUGCACACAUACGCAUUCCUCGUCAAUUGGCCACCAAAUUGAUUUGCCUGAUUUAGUGCUCAAAGAACUUUCAGCAAAUUGGCCCACUCGCGAGGAGAAUCAGUCAAGAGUAUACCAUAAUGGGUUGUUGUUUUAGCACAGGCAAAUCGGUAGACCUUCCUCCGGUUCCUCCUGCUCCGGGAAAACAGCGCUCCACUUUGCCGGAAUUUCCUGUCGCCGGAUCGGUGACCACCACAGCUCCUGGAGGAUCUGGACCCGGAGGCGCUACCAAUGCGGCCCUAGAGGAUGACUAGACCGGGUUUAAAUCAACCGAAAAACGAUUACGUCGAGGGAAAAGUGUAAAUUGCCAAAUGGCAGAUUGGAUCAUGAGUCACGAUCCCAUGGCUGUGGGAUUUUCCAGUUACGCAUACCCUGUAGUUAUUAUUUUUAGUAAAUAUACAUUCUGUAUUACUUGA